AUGACGGAACAUGAUCCUUCGGACGCGAAUGCCCCCUUGCUCUCGAACGAUGCUGUCACUAGCCAUUCGCAUCAACAUGAUGACGAUAUCCAUACCCCGGAUUUGGAGCUAGGAUACUCGGGAGGCUGGUUCAUCUGGAUCUUAACAUUUUCAGCCGGGAUUAGUGGACUUUUGUUUGGAUAUGACACCGGGGUUAUUUCGUCCACUCUCGUGUCCAUUCACUCCGAUCUAUCUCAUCGCCCCCUUAAUACGUUGGACAAAAGCCUGAUCACGUCUUGCACGAGCUUAUUUGCAUUGAUUGCAAGCCCGGUUGCAGGAGUCAUGGCCGACAGGCUCGGCCGUCGGAAAGUCAUACUGGUUGCAGAUGCACUGUUCGCGCUCGGUGCAUUGUUACAGGCCGCUACCAGCGAAGUAUCGGGCAUGAUAAUUGGGAGGAGCAUUGUUGGCUUGGCUGUCGGCGGUGCUAGCUUGGUGACUCCAUUGUAG